AAUUUCAAUGUAUCAGUGAAGGAGCAUGGUGCCAAGGCUUUAUGGGCUUUGGCCGGAAACACCACGACUCAACAGAAAUACAUCGCAGAGAAAACCAGCAUCCCCGACAUCUGUAGUAUGUUACUGGAGGAUACGAAAAACUGCUUCAAGUUGGACAUUGAGGACAUAGAUUUCACCACCAGUCUGACCACUCUAUCAGCCCGCUGGGGAGGCUUCGCACACCCUCACCUGGAUGUGACCUACUUAUUUAAGGCCGGCAGUACCCCAGGGGCUAGUGAUAUUGUGUCCUCUAAAAAUGUAGGAAAGACCUUGGCUCAUACAGAGACUGGACUCACUCUCAUUCAGUUUCAGAGGUACUAUGUGACGAUAUCAGCAGUAACAUCUGCAGGAAAUGUGGAGGUGACAUCAGACGGAGUGAUUGUGGUUCAACAGGACGCUGUAUUAUCAGGAAUCACCAUCUAUGAUGGGCAGAACUGUACCAUGACAGCAGACAAUGGGACAGUCUUCAAACAUCAUUUUGAGGACAACAGACUGCGGUGUGCAGAGGACAUGGAUUACCAGUCAUCCACUAACAGUCUGGAGGCGUACUGGGAAGUCCCUAACACAGUAUCUCACUACUCACCUGACGCUCACUUCUCCAUAGAGGAGAAAUCACACAUAGGAGCUGUCUGGUCAACAUUUAGAGAAUACGAACAUAUACACAAGCACCAUAAGGCCCAUGUCACAGAUCUAAACUUGAAACCAGGGAGGACUUACAGAUUUGCUGUCAAAUUAUGUGCCAUUACAACUUGCUAUGCCCCACUGUUUAGUGACGGUGUUCUGAUUUUGGCUAAUCCUCCAAGCAAAGGGCAGAUAACUGUUGAACAUAGGAACACAACCCAAAGUUCUGGCUCAAAUGAAACGAUUUUUGUCACAAUGGAUGAAUUCUAUGAUCCCGAUAUCCAAGAUGCUACUGAUAAGUAUAGUGUAAUUGAUAAGUAUGAAUGGGCCAUAACUGACCAAUCAGAUGUAGGCAGAACCCAUACAAUCUGGAAUGAGGUUAAGAAUGUACAGAAAACUCAAAAUAAGAUGCAGUUUGAGAUUGGACUACUUGGAGAAUUUGACUUUUCUAAAUGUCGUAGAUUCAGUGUCAGGGGAUACAACAAGGCUAAACUCUUCUCCACUGUAUCAACAGACAUUAAGGACUGUAAAGCCUUCGACCCGAUCCUGGUCAAACCUAACCUGGUCCUGGAUGCAGUGGGAGAGUUAGAUACCACCAGAGAUGGUUAUGGAAGCCCAGUGUUUAUCUUAGAAAAUGCCAUUUGGCCCUACCCAGAUAAGGAUUACACACCUAACAUGAACUACAUCUCGGCAGUCUGGCCACAGCUCCGUUACACCUCGUACAAAGUGGCGGUGCUGAAUGCCCGAUCUAUGGAUGUCACCACCUAUUACCUCCCUACCACCAACCUCUCCCUGCCUGACCCCUGUAGCCACCCAGACGCACUUAAAUGUGAUACCACUAAGAAUGAAUUUAUCAACAUGAAGUUUGACCCUGGAGAGCUGGUCCAUGGUCAGAGGUACAUGGUUUGUAUCCACACAGAGUAUACUGAGAUAAAGCACGAGUUGUGGACUCAGGUACUGCCCCAGCUAGACAUCUGUAGUGAUGGAAUAGUGGUGGAUCUAACUCCUCCCUCUCCCGGAGAGGUGUGGAUAGGCAAUGUUAGAGGUAUAAAGUAUCAGACUUCUACAACAGACAUGUACAUAAAUUGGGAAACUUUCCUGGAUGUUGAAGAAUUUCAGACUGGUUCACAUCCAUCAGGGAUUCAGAACUAUGUUCUAGGAAUUGGUAUGAGACCGAUGACUGGCUCGAUGAGCCGCGCUACGACAGCUCGAGCUACAAGUCGAGCCAAAUCAGCCCCCGGGCAGCGCGGGAAAAGGUCGCCUAACCCCAGUAUAGUUGUAAGUACCCCCGACAACAGUCGCCCCUCCACUGCUGCCACGGUCCGGAUCCACCCCAGCUCUCUCUUCAGACCCGCCAGUGCCACCACCCCCAGCAGAAAAGGGGUGCGGUCCCCCGACCCCACAUUUAAAACUCGUUUGUCUUCUUGGAAGGAGGAAAUCUGA